AUGGGGGAGGUCCAGGAGGCGCUGCCAGAGCCUGUGAGGUACUCGAGCAGCCAUGUCUGCAGUGAUGAGGACCUGCAUAGCCUAGCAUCCAGACUGAAGGACUGGUUCGGAGUUCUCCACCUCGACGCCAACCGAGACCUCAAAUCCUCCGCCAACUCUGAUUCAGCGGCAGGACGUUUUGACACCAGUAUCUUGCCCAUCUGUAAGGACUCUCUGGGUUGGAUGUUCAACAAGCUGGACAUGAACUAUGACCUCCUGCUGGACCAAUCAGAGCUCAGCGCCAUCUACCUGGACAAGUAUGAGCUGUGUAUGAAGCCCCUGUUCAACUCCUGCGACUCUUUCAAGGAUGGGAAACUGUCCAACAACGAGUGGUGCUACUGCUUCCAGAAACCUGAUGGUCUGCCCUGCCAGAAUGAGAUGAACAGGAGUCAGGGUCGGAGGAACACUGUCAUAGGGGCCUAUAUUCCACGCUGUUCUGAGGAGGGUUACUUUAAGCCAACCCAGUGUCAUGGCAGUACUGGACAGUGUUGGUGUGUGGACAAAUACGGCAACGAGAUCGCCGGCUCCAGAAAACAGGGCAACCCCACCUGUGAGGAGGACCAAGAGACCUCGGGGGAUUUUGGCAGCGGGGGCGCCGUCAUUCUCCUUGAUGACCAGGAGGAGGAGCCAGCUCAGAGUGGGAGGAGCCGGCAGAAGCAGAGGCGGGGCCGGAUCCAUCCCAGAGGGGCCAUUGAGGAUGACGAGGACGAGGAAGAUGACAAAGAUGACGAGAUUGGCUACAUCUGGUAGCUCCGUCCCCACCUGUUCUCCCAUCAACCAACCAGGG